GGCAGAGGAAGAUGUGUGGCUCUGCUGGAGCCUCCUCCCUGUGGUUGUGCUGCUGUCUGCAGAGAGGUGUCUGGGGACAGACAGGGAUCUUGCCCUGGAGCAGGGUGGCUGCCUCCCCUAUGGGCUCCCUGCUCAACAGCUGCUGGCUGUUAUAGGUGAGGAAGCCUCUCCAAGGGACAGGGACAUGCUGUGUCUUUGGAGGGGAGGGCUGACCUCAGCACUUGCUGCUGGAUGCAGCAUUUUGUCUCUUACCACAGUGACAACACAGGCACAUGUGCCACCCAAAGGCUGCAGGGCAGGAAGUUGUUGCUCUACUUUGCACCUGAUGAGUUUCAGGGAAAAGCUCUUGGCAGACUCAUGAGAAAACACAGAGGAGAGGGCGGUGCUGGGAUUUGUAUAUCCCACCUCUCCCUUACCAGGGAACAGAAAAUAUGAGCAGGAGCCAUACCUGGGACCUGGAGUGGGCUGCUGAGUCUGGGGUCCUCAUGUCCAGCAGCUCCCAACCGUGGGAUCAGCCCUACACUCCUCAGGCAGGACAGAGGAGAGCCCUGGCUCCUUUGUUAGUCCAUCUGGAUGGUGGAGAACCUGCCCUUGCCCUCCUUGCUGCUCCCCAGGGGCUGUGCUGGUGGGCACAGCAGUGCAGAGAGAUGAUCCCUGCCGGAGGGACUCUGAGCUCUGGCACCACUACCUGGCACUGCUCCAAGGCAACUGCUUGGCCCAGGCUCGAAACGUGCCUUGGCAGGACCCUGGGGCAGCCUUGCUGCUUAAUAUUGAUGGUACUGCCCAUACGGAGGCCUGGGGGCACCAGCCCUGCAGAUCGUUUUCCCAGAUCGGGUUCCUUGUCACUCCCAGUCAGGAUGGGGGCUCAGCAGCCAAGGAAGCAUCGGCCUGGGGCUGCCCCGGGGCCACUCCUUCACUGGUGCAUGGCAUUGUCUGAGGAUCCAGGCAAGGAGAAGGAGGAAGUGUUGGGACUCUUGGAGUGGGGCUGUGAGGUUGAGAAGGGCACAGGGUGGCCUCUGCUGCUUGGUCCAGAGGCUGAGGUGAAAGGAAGUAGCAUCCUACUUUUUGGGGUUAUGGAGGGACUAGGGGAGGAGGGGUAAUUCUGUACCGGCUUCGUGUAUGUCUUGUGUGGGUUCUCCUGUUCCUGAACCUAUUGGGAAGUGCUGGGAUCAUCCCUGGAGCUGGCCCAGUAUCCUGGAUGCUCAUGUCUUCUCUGGUUUCCUUUGAGUCAGACUCUCCGUGUCACUCCCCCGGCCCCCUCCCCGCUGGGAAAGACGAGAUGGGACCAGAGAGCACCUGAGCCUAGAUGCUGAGGGGCCUGUGCCCCCCGCUCUGCGCAGAGACACAUCCCAGUGACACUGGCCCCACAGCCUCCCAGAGCCUGGGCUCAGCUCCUCUGGCUCUGCAUCCGUGUCAGCUCAGGGAGCUGCUCAACUGGCAUCAGCACAUCUGGGAGGGGAGACCCUUCCCAAGGGACAGCCAGGCAGCAGGGCGGCCUGCCCACACCGAGCUCCUGUCCCCCCAGGUGUGGUGUGGCAGGGAUGAGGAGCCGGCAGCGGAUGUUUGCCGCGGUGAUGCGCCUGCUCCUCAAGUGCCUGCGGCUGGGCCGGCGGCGACGCUUCAAGCUGGUGCGGCAGGCGGAGCAGCUGUGGCACUACGGGCACCUCUGCCUCCGCUCCUUGCUCUACAACUCCUUCACCAACGGUGAUGUGGUGCUGGACUCCCUCUUCGAGCCUGUCUACUGGCUGGUGGACCACGUCACUCGGUGGUUCGGCGUGGUGUUUGUGGCACUGGUGAUUGGGCUGACGAGCUCCAUUGUGGCCAUCGUGUACAUCUGCCUGCUGCCCCUCAUCCUGCAGACCUACACACCUGCCUGGAUCUGCUGGCACCUGGCCUAUGGACACUGGAACCUCAUCAUGAUUGUCUUCCACUACUACAUGGCCAUCACCACCUCACCGGGCCACCCACCACAGGCCAAGAAUGACCUUACCGGCGUCUCCAUCUGCAGGAAAUGCAUUGCCCCCAAGCCAGCUCGCACCCACCACUGCAGCAUCUGCAACAGGUGCGUGCUGAAGAUGGACCACCACUGCCCCUGGUUAAACAACUGUGUGGGACACUACAACCACCGCUACUUCUUCUCCUUCUGCCUGUUCAUGACCAUGGGCUGCAUCUACUGCAGCAUCAGCGGCUGGGAGAUGUUCCGGGAUGCCUAUGCAGCCAUUGAGAGAAUGAAACUGCUUGACAAGGAGAGACUGCAGGUGGCUGCCAACCAGACCUACUACCAGACCCCACCACCCACCUUCUCCUUCCGCCAGCGAGCUUUCCACAAGAGCGUGGUCUACCUCUGGGUCCUGUGCAGCUCGGUUGCACUGGCCCUGGGUGCCCUCACGCUGUGGCACGCUGCCCUCAUCACCCGUGGGGAAACCAGCAUCGAGCGGCACAUCAACAGAAAGGAAAGGCAGAGACUGCAGAAGAAAGGCAAGGUCUUUAGGAACCCCUAUAGUUAUGGCAGCUGGGAUAACUGGAAGGUGUUCCUGGGUGUGGAUGUGCCAAGGCACUGGCUCACCCGGGUCCUGCUGCCCUCUCCUCACCUGCCCCAUGGGACAGGCCUGAGCUGGGACCUGCCUCCCUGCGUGACGGAGCAGCGCGCACCGCUCCUGGCCAUCUGAGGCCCAGUGCUCCAGACGUCCCUCCCCGCAGGAGGGGAGCGCACGGGGGACCCGCUCCACUGCUGCGGCUCCCUUUGGCCCAAGUGCCUGGCAGAAGGCUGGUGCUGGCACAUAUUGCUGACUGGGGCCAGAGCCACGGGAAACUCCAUGGACAGUGUCGGUGCCUGGAUGCCUGCCCUCUUGGCUCUUGGUGGCUGCAGGCAGCCCCGGGGGAAGGCAGCAGAGCUGCUGUUCCCCGCUCCAGCUGAAGGUGCUGCCCUCACUCAUACAGGUACCGGCCAGCACAGGCCCAGCUCAGCUCUCCAGAGCGCUGGGCACAGAGGAUGGCACCCCCGUCCCCCAAGUACUCCCCAGGGAGCCUUUUUGAGACCAUCCACUAAAUACUGUUUUUUUAA